CGAACUGAUCAGACAGAUGUUAUUCAAUAUGCAAAUGCUGGACAGUUAUUGAUUGCACAAGUUCCUGCCGAUGCUAUUGUUCCUGGUUGUAUUGGUUCUUCGCUAAUUCGCUCGGCUGAGAUUGGUCAAAGAGCUAUUCUUCAACGCAUGGCAGAUGUAGAUAUGGUGGUGCUUAUGGGAAGUGAGAGUGCUCCAAGUAAGGAGAAAGAUAUGAUUGCUGGAUCAAAGGAACAAAUAUUAUAUAGCGCCCUAUCGAUGUAUAACAAUAACUUUCGGUUGAGAAAGCUGCCAAAAUUUUUGAAAGGUGGUUUUGAAAAUUGGCGUUUGUAUUAUCCAAUGCAUACAUCUACAAAGUCUGCUAUGCGAAAGAAAUUUGUGGAUAUUGCAAAUCGUACUGAAUUUGCUAGGGCUGUUGCUGAAUACAAAAAAGAUUUUGGGAUUGAUUCUUUAGAAUACCCUCAAUUACUGCCAACGAUUUAUCCUAAAACAAGUGGAUUGUCGAUGCCCCAUUCAAGUAUUUCUGAUAGUGUUGUGCAUCACAUGGGACAAUCUUCGUUUUAUUCCUCAAUGUUAAUGGAAUCUGCAGACAUUUCUGGCAGAUCUUCAAUAUCAUCCUUGUGCUCAACGCUUCCAGCAAAUGAUGGAUUACUUGACGUUAGGAUAAAUACUACAGAUAUAGUAAAUGAAUCAUUAGCUGUAAAUGAUUCAAACAUUACGGAGACUGCAGUUCCCUCGGUCUGCCGAAAUACGAUUAAAAAGUUGAAUUCUCAAAUUGAUGUUCCUGCACUUCAAUCUCACCAACCUCCUGUAAUUGAUCGAAGUAAAAAACCGCCUUCAGAGUUAUCUGCACAUAAGGAAAAAGCCUCGUCUGAGAAAUCUUUUCCAAUUAGACCGACUCAAACAGUCUCAAAACGAACUCCGGUUAAUGUUCCAGUCAUACCAGACAGACUACUGAAACCACAAUUACUUUCAAGGACUAAUAAAAUGGGAACAAUGGGUGUAAUAUCGUCAGUAUUUUCGGCGAUGAUGGAUUCUGCUUGGAGUGGAUUAUUCAGUGUUCUUCGUCCUCAGCAGUUUCUUGAGACGUUUGCCGCUGAAGUGAAUGCUUCUUUGGCUGAUGGUCAGCAACACGAUGCACAAGAAUUUCAGAUUUAUUUACUUGACGCACUACAUGAAGAUACGAAUCGAGUAGUGAAACGCGUAACAUUUGAACAGAAUUAUACUGGAGCAGAUUUGAAAUCAGAAGCAGCCGAUUAUAAUGAAAAAUUAAGAAGGUUUGCCUGCUCACCAAUCAGCGAUAUUUUUAAUUGUCAAACAGUAUCAAGUUUGCAAUGCAAUAAAUGCAAAAGACAAAGUGUUACAUUCGAAGAAUUGGCUCAACUGUCAAUUGAAGUGCCAAAUCGGAAUUCAACAAUUGAGGACUGUAUACGGAAUCAUUUUCAAGAUGUGGAGCUUGAUGGUUCAUGUAAAUGGCGCUGCCCUGAUUGUGAGUCUUUACAGACUGCAACUCGUAGAACAUUUUUAUGGAAGCUACCUCAAGUUUUGGUCAUACAUCUGAAACGUUUUACUUUUAUGGGAGAUAAUUGGCAAAAGAAUGAUGCGUACGUAACAUUCAACACGUUUCCACUAAAGUUGCAGACUGAAUAUUUCAGCUUGUAUGCUGUUGUUAACCACAGAGGAAGUUUGAAUAGCGGACAUUACACAGCAACAGUCCGUAAUCAAAUCACUAAACAGUGGCUACUCUUCGACGACGAUAUUGUUACACCAAUAGAUGUGGAUUCAAUAUGCUCGAAGUAUGCCUUUAUCUUAUAUUUUCAGAAAGAUUCUCUUUCGAAGAUCUUGUGA